CUUAGCUCUCUCACCGCUCUUGUGUAAUUGUUUGGCCAAGACGUUUUUUGUGUCGCCAAAAAAUUGUAAAUUAAAAUAUUAAAGAAAUAGCAAAAUGUCCAUCUAUUAUAGUGGGGCCCUAAAACGUUCCCAGGGUAUUGUGUCGGCCAUUGGCAAGGAAUUGAAACGAGUCAAUUUAAAAGGUGUUAAUCGCGUAACAAUUACAUUCGAUCCCUUUGCCGAGAAUGUUAAGUCAACGAGAGAAUUCCUUUUCCUGUUAUCUACUCCCCGGGUGGUGCAAACAAAUCCCAAGUGCGUUGUGAAAACUGAUAUUGUCUGCAAUCGUCAGCCAGCAGAAGUUAAAUUUUCUUUAAUAGAAUCAGCACAAGAAAAACUCAAAGUAAAAGACGUUCGCCUGCUAAGUUCCAAUCUAAAUACCUUGGAAAUUUUACAGCUUUGCAAUCGUCACAUUUCCACGGCGGCACCUGAAGAAGAAGACACCGGCAAGGUGCUCACAAAGGCUGAAAAACAAAAGAUUGCUGGUGCUGGCAAGAAAAUCCAAAAGAAAAAGUAAACCUCCCUCUGUCAUCCACAGCCAUGGUGAAACGUAGCAAACAUACCGGCACAUUAGCGGUUAUUGAGAAAAUCUACGGUGAUAUACCAUCGUUUACGGACAUUUUUACCGAAGAGUCGUUCUAUACGUUUGCAUUUUGUUUUGUUUGUGCCUCCAUACUGGUGGCAUUCAUAUUAUCUAGAUAUAUAACAAUAAAACCUGUAGAAAUAUAAUUUCCAUUGAGAA